GGUGUCAGGGAAGUGUCGUCACGAACCCCGGAAGCCGGAGGUGUGAGACGCUUCAGCGGAGAGCAAGAUGGCAGCGAAAUCCGAUGGUCGGGGGGUCAUCCGGGGAUUCGCCCAGCUGCACAACCUGGACGAGGUGGUGGGGACCGGCGAGGGCGACCCGAGGGAAGGCAGCUCCUUCCACAUCUGCCACUGCUGCAACACCUCGUCCUGUUACUGGGGCUGCCGGAGCGCCUGUCUGCAUUACCUCCACGACAAGAGGAGAGGCGGGGGAGGACAAGAGGACGCGCGGACGGGGCGGCCUCAGCAGGAGGAGCGCCUCUGGCUGGACUGUCUGUGGAUCAUCCUGGCCCUGUUCGUGUUCUUCUGGGACGUGGGGACGGACCUGGCGCUGGCCAUCGACUACUACCACAAGCAUGACUACCUCUGGUCCGGACUCACCCUCUUCUUGGUGCUGGUGCCCUCGGUGCUGGUCCAGAUCCUGAGCUUCAGGUGGUUCGUGCAGGAUUACACCGGGGGUGGUCUGGGCUCUGUGGAAGGGCUGAGCAACCGGAGGGCUACGGCAGGGCUGAGUGCACAGGGAAGGGACAGGUGCUGCCUGCUCUCUGUGUGGCUGUGGCAGACCCUCAUACACAUCUUCCAGAUGGGACAAGUAUGGAGGUACAUUCGUACCAUGUACCUGGGCAUCCAGAGUCAUCGUCGGAAGGAGAACCAGAGGCGGUUCUACUGGGCCAUGAUGUAUGAGUACGCUGACGUCAACAUGCUACGUCUGCUGGAGACCUUCCUGGAGUCAGCUCCUCAGCUGGUCCUGCAGCUCUGUAUCAUGAUCCAGAGGAACCGGGUCGAGACCCUGCAGUGUAUGUCUGUGCUGGCCUCUCUCCUGUCCCUGUCCUGGGUGCUGGCCUCCUAUCACAAGCUCUUGCGUGACUCCCGUGACGACAAGACGAGUCUGAGCUACCGUGGGGCCCUGGUACACCUGUUCUGGCGUCUCUUCACCAUCUCUUCCCGGGUCCUCUCCUUCGCCCUGUUCGCCUCCGUGUUCCAUCUCUACUUCGGCAUCUUCGUGGUGCUGCACUGGUGCGCCAUGGCCUUCUGGGUAAUCCACGGUGGCACCGACUUCUGCAUGUCCAAGUGGGAGGAGAUUCUGUUUAACAUGGUGGUGGGUGUGGUCUACGUGUUCUGCUGGUUCAACGUGAGGGAGGGUCGGACGCGCUACCGUAUGGUCACCUACUACACCGUGGUGCUACUGGAGAACGCCGUGCUCACCGCGCUCUGGUACGCCUACCGCGACCCCGCCACCACCGACGCCUACGCCGGCUCCGCCCUCUGCGGCGUCUUCUUGUGCUUCGCCUCGGGCGUGGCCUGCAUGGUGCUGUAUUACGGGGUGUUGCACCCCAUGGGCCCCGGGCUCCGGGUCCUGGCCUCCUCCUGCUGCGCUGAGCUGCUGUGGGGCCUCCCCUUGCCCCCCGAAGCCGAGCCCAUGGCCCCCACCCCGGGCCCCCGAGCCUCUCAAGCCACCCCGACACGGGCCUUUGCGGGGGAUGGGCAGGAUGAUGAGGCUACGGACACCUGUCUGCCUGUGUUCCAGGUGAGGUCCACGGAGCCGAUGGACGCGACCGGGAGACCCAUCCGACCAGAGGGGCCCCUCAUAAAGAUAGACAUGCCCAGAAAGCGCUACCCGGCCUGGGACGUACACUUUGUGGACCGGCGGCUCCGCAGGACCAUAAACGUGCUGCAGUACAUCAGCCCCAACGCGGCGGGCAUCAGGUAUAGGGAUGGGCCGCUCCUAUAUGAGCUACUGCAGUACGAGUCCUCUCUCUGAAGGAAUUACUCUCCUUCCUUCUCCCCCACUCCUCCACUCCCUCUCUCUCUCUCUCUCUCUCUCUCUCUCUCUCUCUCUCUCUCGUCCUGUUCUUCCUGGAUCUUCUCCUCUGCUAUAUCUGGUGCUCUCCCAGUCAUCCAGUCCCUCUACAUGAGCCUGUGUGUGUGUGUGUGUGUGUGUGUGUGUGGGUGUGUAUAUGCUGUCAACUCUACCAAGAAGCUGUCAAGACUAUACACAUAUAGUACGAUCAUACUUUAUUUUUGGGGAAAAACAACACAUACAGAGAAUCUAAUAUGAAAGAUGAUUUGCAAAGUGACAUAUAUAACCCUCUUGGGGGCGGGGGGGGCGUUGUCUGUCUGUCUGUGUGUCUGUCUGAAUGUGUAUAUAAAGUAUGUCUGUGUAACUAUGAUGUGUGUUCAUAUAUACUGCGUUGGGUGAUGACGAAGGUGAUGAUGAUGAUGAUGAUGAUAUUUGUGAUAUUUAUGUGUUUUUCCUGUCAUGUGACUGGUGCAGUGAUGAGAAUGAUGGAGGAGGGGUCGACACUGUGGCAGAUCUUUGCACGCAAAGACACCAAUCUAACUUCCAUAUCUCUACGGAAUUGAAUUCUUUAAAUGGCUGAACACAAACGACAGCCCGUCAGCCUCAAAAUAAUCAGACCUACAGUUGAGAAGCACACAGGUAUCAGAUUACAAAGGAACACAUAGGCACAUUUUGACAUUUUUUAAAAUGUCUGCACAACUAUAUGUGACUAUUCUAUGAAUGUCGAUCACCUUCUCUCCCAGCCCUGGAAAUGUGUUUUAAUCAUUUCACACUUUCUGCAGAGGUUAUCCCUAAACACAGGUCUUGGAUCAACUCUCAACCCCUAAUUUCAACCGUUUGAGGAGAAAUCAACCAAAUCAGAGUUUAUUGGCACAAAUUCCACCCAUAGCGUAACAAACAGUGGCCUCUGCUGGUAGCAGUUUGUAACAGCAUGCUCGAUGUGGUUAUUUCUAUGGAUGGUUGACAAUAUGUCCCAGUGGCAAUAAAUCCCAGUGGAAAUUUAUACUGGGACACAUGAGACAAGCAUUAGUUCAGACACAACUCUUCUUUCCUCUGACAUGUCUUUCUCCCACCAGUAAGAAAAACAAAGAAUGCUAAUGGCAUGUCUCUAUAGCAAAGAGGCCGGCACAAUGUUUAGAGGUGUUUCUACGCAACGGUUGUAAGGUGAAAAGAGUUUAUUCCGACAUUCCAAAGAACUAUGUUUUGUUAUUGAAACGAACAACUCAAAUUUUGAAAUAUAGUCAAAUAUCUAGAUAAAUCCAAUAAGUUUAGAGGUCACAAUGGUGGCUGUUCAAAAGCAACCAUCAAAAAGCACAUAACGAUGUACAGAACAGAACAAUGCAAAGACUUUCACUAUUCCUCCAGCAUUCCCUGCUGUUUCACUGUUCCUCCAGCAUUCCCUGCUGUUUCACUGUUCCUCCAGCAUUCCCUGCUGUUUCACUGUUCCUCCAGCAUUCCCUGCUGUUUCACUGUUCCUCCAGCAUUCCCUGCUGUUUCACUAUUCCUCCAGCAUUCCCUGCUGUUUCACUGUUCCUCCAGCAUUCCCUGCUGUUUCACUGUUCCUCCAGCAUUCCCUGCUGUUUCACUGUUCCUCCAGCAUUCCCUGCUGUUUCACUGUUCCUCCAGCAUUCCCUGCUGUUUCACUGUUCCUCCAGCAUUCCCUGCUGUUUCACUGUUCCUCCAGCAUUCCCUGCUGUUCCACUAUUCCUCCAGCAUUCCCUGCUGUUCCACUAUUCCUCCAGCAUUCCCUGCUGUUUCACUGUUCCUCCAGCAUUCCCUGCUGUUCCACUAUUCCUCCAGCAUUCCCUGCUGUUCCACUAUUCCUCCAGCAUUCCCUGCUGUUUCACUGUUCCUCCUCUUCUUUGUUUC